AUGGCGGAUAACUUUCUUCUUGCUCAAGAGUUGUUGAGUGACAUUAAGAAACCCAAUCGGGGCGGGAAUAUGAUGCUCAAAUUGGACAUGAUGAAAGAUUACGACAGGGUUUCCUGGAUUUUCCUGAUACAAGUACUACGGCGUUUUGGGUUUAGCGAGGUGUGGAUUGACAUGGUUUGGCAAUUGAUUUCUAAUAUCCGGUUUUCGGUUAUCAUGAAUGGCUUGCGGCAAGGAGAUCCAAUCUCGCCGGUCUUGUUUGUGAUUGGAGCGGAGGUUCUCUCUCGGUCUUUAAAUGCGUUGGCGAAGCACCAUAGCUUCCGACCAUUCAAAGUCCUGAGAGGCUGCCCUCUGGUGACUCAUUUGGCGUAUGCUAACGACGUUGUGAUCUUCACAAGCGGCCUCAAGGCUUCAGUCAAGUUGGUUAAAGAGGUUGUCGAUGGAUAUUGUGGGGUGUCGGGGCAUAAGAAUCUUUUCAUGGAGGCAUCGGUCUCUUUCGACUGGGGGCAAGAUAGUACUACUACGGAGUGUGUUGUCUUCACUGCCGAUCCAUUUGUUGGCAGCGGCGUCGCCGCCGAGGAGGGUUUUUGCCUUGUUGGAAAAGGGGGGAUCGGCGUUUGGAGCAUUGCAAAGGUGUAUGAUGCAUUCCCCAUUAAGCUCUGGUGGACCUUUAGGCAGCAGCAAUCUCUGUGGACAGAAUUUCUAUUAGCAAAAUACUGUAAAGAGGUCCAUCCAUGCCUGGCAGAAGGUGUCACUUCACAGUCUUCAAUGUGGCGGAGAUUAUGUUCGAUCCAGCAUUUGGCGGAGGAACACAUCAGUUGGAUUCUGGGUAAGGGAUCGAUGGACUUCUGGCAUGACAAUUGGUUGGGUACAGGAGCCUUAUGUCAUCGGGUGGAGAUUUUUCAGGAACACAGAGUUUCAGAUUUUGUCAUAGAGGCACGGUGGAACUUAGGGCUACUCAACCAAGUUUUAGAGCCUGGGGUGGUGAGGCAAGUCAUGGGCAUUCCCCCUCCUCCCUCUCAAAGGUCUGACAGGAUGGUUUGGGCUUUAACACAGGAUGGGGUGUUUUCGAUUGCCUCGACGUUCUCUCUGGUUGCGCAGGCGACUAAUUGUUCUUGGGUGGCCUCCCAAGUUUGGCUCAAGGGAUGUCCACUCAAGAUCUAUUUUUUCAUGUUACGGCUCCUACGGUCACGGCUUCCCAUGUCGGAUGUACUACGUAAAUUUGGGGUUCAGGGCCCAUCUAGGUGUCACUGUUGCGCGGAGCCAGACGAGGAGGGGUUUGACCACACGUUUUGCACAGGGAUUGUAGCAAGGGCGGCUUGGAGUAGUUUCAAUGACCCAGGGGAAGUGGCCGGGGUGUCCAAUUUGCGGCACAGGGUGCUAAGGUGGUGGUUGCGCCGGGGGCAAAAUGUGUACCUCAAAUUCAUUUAUCGGCUGCUCCCUAUGCUCAUCUGCUGGGAGUUGUGGAAAGCAAGGAACAAGGGAGUCUUUGAAGGGAGGAGUAUGGUGGGUACUGAGGUGGUGCGGCAGAUUCUACAAGGGAAACGGGGAUGCCCGCGGAGACUGCAACGGGAGUUGGAGGACUUGCUUAGAUAUAAGCGUUACUUCCAGGAAAUCACGCAUUGCUAUAGAGAGGCAAAUAAGUCGGCUGAUUAUUUGGCUAACCUACGAGCAGACACGGAGCAGGAGACGAUUUUUGGGAGUCAUCGCGCGCUACCUGUGAGGGUCCUGGGUGAGAUCCAGAUGGAGCAAUUAGGUUUCCCGAAUUUUCGUAGGAGACUCUUGAGUUGA